CCAGUACUUGAGUAAAUGUACUCAGUUCCAGUCCACCACUAACUGAUUAAUUAACUGAAUGUGUAUCUGUUGUUUCCCUCCUGACCUCCAGGUGGUGACGUUCUUUCAUUUUAAACUUUUAAUCUGAAAAACCCUGACUGGGAGGAAACAGGAAGUCUGGUGUCUUCACUGUGAUGUGUGUCUGGCGGCGGGAUAGCUGUGUAGUUUGUUAUUAGUGAGUUUUAAGAAGACAGAGCUCCAGGUAAACCCGCACACACUCAGUCCUGAACAGAAUCCAGAGUGAGUCCAGCAGCCCCAGUGGAGCUCUGCUGGAUUUCAGGACCAGAGAGGAAUGGAGGAGGACAACCAGAACCAGGAGCAGCGGAGCAACGAGGUCCCCAGAAGACAAGCAGCAGACUGGGACUCUGAUAGCAGCCAUGUUCAGGAGCCCUCAGCAGACGUCAAGCUGGCGACCGGAGCAGGAAAGAAGAGCAAGAAGGCCGAGGAGGAGGAGCAGCCUGCAGCAGUGAAUGAGGAAGAGGAGGAGGAGGAGGAGGAGGAGGAAGAGGAGGAGUAUGUGGUGGAGAAGGUUUUGGACCGCAGAGUGGUGAAGGGAAGAGUAGAGUUUCUGCUGAAAUGGAAGGGGUUCUCAGAUGAGGAGAACACAUGGGAGCCACAAGACAACCUGGACUGCCCCGACCUUAUCACCGAGUACAUGCAGAAACACAAGGAGAAGGAGGAGAAAAAGAAGGAGGGCAAGAGGAAAGUUGUCAAUGAGACCUCGGGAGACUCAGAGGAGCGAGGGAGCAAGAGGAAGAAGGAGGAGAAACGGAGAGGAGGAAAGGGACCCAAAUGUCACCACUGUCAGCACUGUGACAAAUCCUUCACAUCAUCAAAAUAUUUAAAGAUUCAUCAGAGAGUUCACACUGGAGAGAAUCUACACAGCUGUGAUCAAUGUGGGGCAGCUUUCACACAACAGAGUGACCUAAAAACACAUCAACGCAUUCACACUGGAGAGAAGCCUUACAGCUGUGAUCAAUGUGGGAAAAGUUUUUCUCAGAGUAGUCACCUUAAAACUCACCAGGGUGUUCACACUGGAGAGAAGCCAUACUGGUGUGAACAAUGUGGGGAAACAUUUUCUCAGCGUGGUAACCUUAAAACACAUCAACGCAUUCACACUGGAGAAAAACCUCACAGCUGUGAUUUAUGUGGUAAAACCUUUUCUCAUAGUGGUAGCCUAGCAAUCCACCGACGUGUUCACACUGGAGAGAAGCCGUACUGGUGUGAUCAAUGUGGGAAACAUUUUCCUCAGAGAAGUAGCCUUAAAAAACACCAGCGCAUUCACACUGGAGAUAAACCUUACAGCUGUGAUCUAUGUGAGAAAACGUUCCCCACUCCAGGAGAUGUUAAAAGGCACAGACGUGUUCACACUGGAGAGAAGCCGUACUGGUGUGAACAAUGUGGGAAAACUUUUUCUCGGAGUAGUCACCUUAAAUCUCACCAGCGCAUUCACACUGGAGAGAAGCCGUACUGGUGUGAACAAUGUGGGAAAAUGUUUUCUGAGAGUGGUAACCUUAAAAACCACCAGCUCAUUCACACUGCCUCAUUGUGAAGAUGUUUGAGAGCCAAGCUGUUUCCUCCUGCCUCCUCCUCAUGCCCUGAUAGCUGUGUUGUUAUAUUCUGAUCUUCUCUCCACAUUGAAGGCUGACUAGCAGUAACUUUAUCUUCUGAACAGCAUGGAUGUUAUCCUGGCUACGACUACAUAUUACACUCCCUCCCUUUGAAGGGAUUAAUUUCACUCAAAAUUAGCUUUUAUUCCUGUAAUAAAAUAUUUUCAGUUCAGGGUUAAACUGCUAGCGCUAUUUAACUAAUGCUGCAACGAAGGAGUAUUUGUUCUUAAUUAAAAAAAUCCCCUCACUGUUUACUAAGGUGAUGUCAAAUUGCUGAAAUAUUUAGUUUAUUGUCCCUUAAGACGAUGAAAAGAAGAAAAUCUUCAUAACUAGAAAGCUUUAAUCAGAACACGUCUGCUGCUUAAAAAAUGACUUGAACAGUUAAUGUGUUUAAACUGCGUCUUGAGACAGACAGCUGAUCUUAAACACUCAGAAAAAGAUUUUUGUACUGCUUUUGGAUGUUCAUGUGAAAGAAAGGCUAAACUAAGCAACAUGGAAUAACAUUUCACAGAUGAAAAAUAUGUUUUACAAUAUUAUACUAUUACGGAAUCGUUGAAUGUAAUAUCACAAAAGGUAACAUUAAUCCUUUUAAGCUAACAAUAAGUUAAGUGACUGUCCUGAUACUGAAUGCUAAUGCUAGCUUGUGUCAGGUAAAGUAUUUGUUAUUUCAGUAAUUAGUAAUACCUCAGCUGAGUGUGUUACUGAACAGUUUCUUUAAUUGUGGAUAAACCAGCUGGUUGUAUUUGGGGGGAAGUUUGUGAGCUUUUGGCUCAUUCUGGCAUUUUUAACCCAUGUAUAAACAUUUGUUUUAUUAAUUUGCUCUGUCCUCUUCUUAAAUAAACUGAAUAGAAUUGAACUUUCA